AUGGAUCUUCAUGUGGCUGCCUUCUAUAUCGCUUUUGCCACCUUCAGCGUGUCGGCAAUAGAUCAAGCUACGGUUGAUUACAUGGCAACCUACAUGGAAGUGAGCUAUGAAGUGUUGGACAACUUGCGCGAUGAACUGCGUACAUUUGAAGCUCAAAUAACGCUUACUAAUCGUGGGUCAAGUAUUAUCAAGGGAGAUCCCUGGAUCAUUUACUUUUGCCACAUUCGUAUGAUUGAACCUGAGCACCUACCUGACCCAAAAGGUAUAAUCCGAGACGAUGUGAAGAUUACUCACAUUCAGGGUUGUAUGUUCACUUUGGAACCUACUAAUUCCUUCAAGACAAUCAUUCCAGGUGGUUCAAAAAAAAUUCGAUUCCUCGGCGAAAAUUGGAUUGUAUCUAAGACUGACAUUAUGCCAAACUGGUACAUCACAAGUCAACAUCUCCACCCAAGAACGAUUAUGAAUACAGCCGGCGAAAGCCUCAGUUUUGCUGGGGAUUUUGACGAAGUGAAGAAAUGGAAGCGAUAUUACUUCCAGGAUGGCAAAUAUAAAGUACAUGACCUCUAUGAUCCCUAUACAACGCGCUAUCGGUUUGUCCUGAAUAAUAUUAAAGAUCAUGGCAAAUCUCCCGGUCACGUGGUUCCGACUCCACUAGAAAUACACAUAAUUGACAAACAGAAAAUACUCUUAAACACUCGUGACUGGGUUGUCAUCUAUCCUGAACGCCUGUCUAAUGAAGGACUGUAUCUCAUAGAUAAACUUAAUAUACUUAGAUCGAUAACCCAACCAUUGCAUCGAUAUAUCAAAUUGGCAAUCGAGGAAGUUCGAGUGAAAGUGAAUGGUUCAGAGAAGAUUAUCCCAGAAGGUUACUCCCUGGAAAUAGAUCCUGAAGCGGAGUUCAUUAAAAUACUCGGAGUAGACGCGGCAGGUGUUUUUUAUGGUAUACAGACAUUGUUCGCUUUAAUUGAUGAGGAAGGUAAUGUUCCCAAGGCCAACAUAUCUGACGCACCAAGGUACCCAUAUAGAGGAAUGGAAUUGGAUGUGGCAAGAAAUUUCUUUGAACAGAAAACGAUUUUCAAACUUCUAGAUUUGAUGGCGAUGUACAAGCUGAAUAAAUUCCAUUUCCAUUUGACAGACGAUGAAGGUUGGAGAAUUGAAAUACAAGGAUUACAAGAACUUACAGAGAUCGGAGGUCAACGCUGCCAUGAUCCUUCUGAAGAACGGUGUAUUAUGUCUCAACUGGGAUCGGGACCAACAAUUGUAGGCAGUGGUUCUGGUUAUUACUCAAAGAAACAAUAUCAAGAGAUUUUGCGCUAUGCUAAUCAGCGCCAUAUUGAAGUGAUUCCAGAAAUUGAUAUGCCGGGACAUGGACAUGCCGUUAUCAAGGCCAUGGAAGCUCGUUCUAAGAAAAUGAUGAACAAUCAAUUCCUCCUGAUUGAUCACAACGACACUUCUAAAUACAAAUCGAUUCAAAUGUACACAGACAAUGCUAUUAACCCAUGCAUAUCAUCCAGUUACGCCUUCAUCCGCAAAGUGAUCGAAUCUUUAGUUACAUACCACAAGGAUGUCAUGCCUUUAAAGAUUUAUCAUUUUGGUGGAGAUGAAGUAGCAUCUGGCGCCUGGGAAAACUCUACUGCUUGCGAAGACUUAAUGAAAAACAAAUGGCAGAUUAUUGAAAAAAAAAUUUUAAAAGAAUACUUUGUUCAUCAAAUUUCUAACAUCACUUUUAAUUACAAUCUGGAUUUGGCGGCCUGGGAAGAUGGCGUCAUGGAAUCUGGAUCGAAGCCUUUCAAACGCGAAGCUUUACAAAAUAAAAAUGUUUAUGCUUAUGCUUGGGACAACAUCUGGGAAUGGGGACAGUCAAAUCGAGCCUAUAAACUGGCAAAUGCUGGUUACAAAGUUGUGAUGUCGCAAGCAACACAUUUAUAUUUUGACCACCCCUACGAACCUGACCCAGAGGAGCGAGGUUAUUACUGGGCACCGCGUUUCACAGAUACACGUAAAACUUUUGGUUUUAUGCCUGAAAACCUUUAUAAUAAUGCGGAUGUAGCAAGGUCUGGCCAGCCUCUCACAGAAGAACAAGUGUGUGGCAAAGAUGCAAAAAACUGUGUGAAGCUGGAAAAGCCAGAAAACAUUGUCGGUAUUCAAGGGCAUUUGUGGAGUGAAACGGUAAGAAAACCGGAACAACUGGAUUUCAUGCUUUUCCCACGCUUAUUGGCUUUGGCAGAGAGAGCCUGGCAUCAUGCAUCAUGGGAAGAUAUACAAGAAAAUUCCAUCCGAAAGAAACGUCUGAACGAAGAUUGGGAACUCUUUGCCAAUACAAUCGGUUACAAAGAGUUGAAGCGACUUGAUUCAUUUGAAGUUGAUUAUAGAGUUCCGCCGCCAGGUGGCAUGAUUAAGAAUGGUCGAUUAGUCACAAAUACAGCAUUUCCCGGGUUGGUUGUUCAAUACAGCCGAAAUGGAGGCAAAUCAUGGCAUGAUGUUGACGAUAAAGCGAUAAUUGAAGGCGGUGAAAAGUUGCAGUUACGAACCAAUUUUCAAACUUUGUCGAAGACUUCUUCAGGCAGCAAAUUACGGAAUUCGUCUCUCUCUCUCUCUCUUUCUCUCUCUCUCUCUCUCUCUCGUUAUUGA